AUGGCAACGUCCCCUCACCAGGGAGACGCCCUGGUCACGUCCCUCAUUAACUGCUGCACCUCCUUCGUCUCCGGCUUCGUCAUCUUCUCCGUGCUGGGCUACAUGGCCCAUAUAACGGGCCAACCCAUAGACAAGGUGGUUGACGAAGGCCCCGGUCUGGUCUUCGUGGUCUACCCCUCGGCCAUCGCCACGAUGCCUGGGUCUUCUUUCUGGUCCCUCAUGUUCUUCCUCAUGCUGCUCACCCUGGGGCUCGACUCCUCGUUCGCGGGGUCGGAGGCCGUCAUCACGGCGCUCAGUGACGAGGUUCCCGCCAUCGCCCGCCACCGCAAGGCCUUCGUCGCCGCCCUCUUCGGCGUCGACUUCCUCGUGGGACUCUUCUGCUGCACGCAGGGGGGGUACUACGUGUUCCAAGUACUCGAGGUGUACGCCGCUGGCUUCUCCAUCCUCUUCGCCGUAUUUUGGGAGGCCAUAGCUGUGUCCUGGAUAUACGGCCUGGACAGGCUCUGCUCUGACGUCCGUCAGAUGAUCGGCUUCGCCCCGGGCCUCUACUGGCGCCUCUGCCUCAAGUUCUUUGCCCCACUCAUGAUUGGGGGCGUGAUCGUCAACGGGCUGAUCUCGUACGAGCCGCUGUCCGUCAGGGAGGCCGCCGUGUUCCCGUGGCAGGCGGACACCAUCGGAUGGGUUAUGGCCGCCGCCUCGAUGGCCUUCAUCCCCGGUGUGGCCGUGUACGGCAUCUGCACCACCAAGGGAACCUUCAUGCAGCGCAUGUGCACGCUGUGCACCCCCAGCAAUGGGGGAGAGGGGAGACGACAACGUGGGGGUGAGGGUGGGGGUGAGCAGGUGGCUGCCAGCACCGUCGUUCUGUCAGCGAGCAACGGGGUGAAGACGGAGGCCCUCCCCCCGGGGAUGGGGGAGAGAGGAGGGGCUGGGGAGGCUGUGUGA